UGAAACGUGGGCGUCGCUGCCGUCGACUUUUGGCAGAGUGCAUGUUGCAUUGUAUUUAUUGAAAUAUCAAAAUCAUGUAUAAAAGUAUAAAUAGUUGUUUAUUCCGUAUCGGUUCGAGAAGGCUUUAUUUAUUUCCGACGAGACAAUAUUCGUGGAAGAUCGCAGCGAGGAAUGUCGCUUAUAAGAACGACAAAUUAAAUGCAUCGAUUCGUUUUCGCAAUUCUCAAUUGAGCAAACAUCUCGGUUGCCAGUCUUGCCUCUUCCUAACAAUCCCUGUCAGAUUUCAGUCUGAUGAUACGGCUUAUUCAGAAGUUAUAAAUCAGGCUAGUUCAGUACCAGCAUCUGUGACAGAACAAAUUAUUGAAUCUUCAAAUACUUCUACACUUUUAGAAGCUGUUGAACCUAGUUUGAUUAGUCAAGGUCUUGGUGGUUGGACUCCUGUUGGACUAUUACAACAUGCUUUUGAAUAUUGCCAUAUAGAUUUUGACAUGCCAUGGUGGUUAACAAUUGUUGUUAGUACUGUUGUUAUAAGGACAUUAAUGUUUCCACUGGUAAUAAAGGCACAAAAAAAUGCAAUAAAAAUGAAUAACACACUACCUCAGAUGCAGGUAUUGCAAAUGAAAAUGUCAAAUGCAAGAAGAAGUGGUAAUGCAUUAGAAGCUACUAAAUAUGCCCAUGAAUUGGCAUUUUUCAUGAAAGAGAAUGGAAUUGAUCCCUUAAAAGGAUUAAUUGUUCCUCUAGUACAGGUGAACUGUUUUUUAGGUGGAGAAGGAGGACAACUUCCAGCAAACAUGAGACUUAUGAAAUAUGUCUUGAGAGCAAUGCCUAUUGUUAUUUUUCCUUUUAUCAUUAAUUUUCCAUCUGCAAUUCUAUGCUAUUGGGCUACAAGUAAUAUAUAUUCAUUAUGUCAGGUUGCAUUUUUAAAAAUAAAACCUGUAAGGAAAUUUUUUAACAUGCCAGAACGAAAAAAUCUUCACACUUCUGAAUUACCAAUGAAAAGCAAAGGUUUUGUAAAAGACAUGAAAGAAGCAUACACCAAUGCCAAAGUAACCCGUCAGUUAGAAGAGAGGAGAUAUUUAGACGAUGUGCAGUUUAAAAAAGCAGGUUUAGGACCAAUACAGAAAACAUAUCCUUAUGAUCCUACCAAGCAGUCAGCAGCUUCAGUUCAGAAUAAGUCAAAGAAGUUAUAAUUUAAAAAUAUUCCAUAAUGUAUUUUAUUUUAUAAAAAUAAAAAUAUGUUGAAUAGUAUUAUCAUUAUUAUGAUAAUGUGUA